UCUUCAGGAUCUGCUCAAUGGAGCGCCAUCAUGUGAUACUGGGAAUAAGGUGGAGUUCAGCUUUAAGGGGGUGUCUCCUGCUCGCCUCGCAAAUCUUUAGGGUCAGAGCUGGAGAAAUACCAGUGGAUGUUUUCCCCAUUGCCUGGCUCCGUGUUCUCCAUCCACCCUUCUGCUCAACCCCUCCCCAAAUCAAGGAACGGGGGAAAAUAAGAUCAAUUACAAGAUUGUUAUCAAGGUUAUAAAGGAAAUGAAGUGACAGUUUUUGGUGAGAUCCUGCUGGUUGAGUGAUGAGACCAUUUUGAGCUUCUGAAACCAUUCGGAAGAAACUCAGUGCAGUCCAGACCAAUGCAGGGCACGGACGCAAGUUCCAACAACAUGAACACGUCAUUUCUCUCCUCUGCUGGGAAUCAGUCCAUCCACCUGAACUUUUCAGAGAAGAAUUCCAGAAUCAUACACUUCCAAGAUGAAGAUUGCCACAUGCCACUGGCCAUGGUCUUCACCUUGGCUCUGGUUUAUGGGGCUGUGAUCAUUCUUGGUGUCUCUGGAAAUUUAGCCUUGAUUAUUAUAAUCUUAAAACAGAAGGAGAUGCACAAUGUUACCAACAUCCUUAUUGUCAACCUUUCCUUCUCAGACCUUCUAAUGACCAUCAUGUGUCUCCCCUUCACCUUUGUAUACACUUUAAUGGACCACUGGAUUUUCGGGGAGGCCAUGUGCAAGCUGAAUCCUUUUGUGCAGUGUGUCUCAAUCACAGUCUCGGUUUUCUCUUUGGUCCUCAUCGCGAUUGAACGCCACCAGCUGAUCAUCAACCCUCGAGGGUGGAGGCCGAAUAACAGACAUGCCUAUCUAGGGGUUGCUGCCAUCUGGAUUCUAGCUGUGGCUUCCUCCUUGCCUUUCUUGGUUUAUCAUGUAUUAACUGAUGAACCCUUCAAAAAUAUAACAAUUGAUGAAUAUAAGGACAAAUAUGUGUGCUUGGACUUGUUCCCUUUGGACACUAUCAGGCUUUCUUAUACCACAGCUCUGUUGGUGAUACAGUACUUUGGACCACUUUGUUUUAUAUUUAUUUGCUACUUAAAGAUAUACAUACGCUUAAAACGAAGGAACAACAUGAUGGACAAGAUGCGAGACAAUAAAUACAGAUCCACUGAAACCAAAAGGAUCAACAUCAUGCUGAUCUCUAUUGUGGUUGCAUUUGCAGUCUGCUGGCUGCCUCUUACCAUCUUUAAUAUUGUGUUUGACUGGAAUCAUGAAAUUCUACCUGUUGCCACCUGCAGCCACAAUUUAUUGUUCUUGAUUUGCCACCUCACAGCCAUGAUCUCUACCUGUGUGAACCCUAUCUUUUAUGGAUUUCUCAACAAGAAUUUCCAGAGGGACUUGCAAUUUUUCUUUCAUUUUUGUGAUUUUCGCUCCAGGGAUGAUGAUUAUGAGACUAUAGCCAUGUCCACCAUGCAUACAGAUAUUUCGAAGACCUCUUUGAAGCAAGCAAGCCCAGUAGCAUUUAAAAAAAUAAAUAAUGAUUACGAUGAAAAAAUAUAACCCCCUCUUCCAACCCAAGAUGUUGGCAGUACGGUCACAGGUGAUAUGGGCCCAAGAAAAAGCACAAACUUGUAACAAAAUGGGUAAUAAUUUUUCUUUUUUAAGGAACUCUCUUGUCACUUUGAAAUGAUAUGCUGUGCAUUUUUCCCUAUUGCUGCUUUAAUAUUCACAGCAGUUAUAUUUGAAUCACAAUAUAAGACAUUGUUGGACCUGCUUCUGUUUAGCGUUUUCAUCAGCUAUCUUUUGUUGGAAAGUUAUGCAUGUCUGCACUAAGAUUUAUCUAUUGUAUUUAUCGAAAAGGAAUAUUUUUUCAGCAGUGUGAAUAUAUACAAAUCCAUUGGAAACAAUAGUGGUCUGAAUGAGACUAUCACUAAAGAAGACAUCUAGUCUGGCAUAAAAUUAGAUCAUUCUGAUUUGAAGAGCUUUUUUUUUUUUAAUCCAGUUUUAGAGCAGUAUUAAAUAAAAGCCUAUUUGCUGGAAUAACCAGACAAGGAUGACUCCUUCACUAACCCUCAGAUUACAUUAAAUGGUGACAUGCAUAUGCAUUGUUUAUAAAGAUAAUUUGUUUUUUAAUCAAUUAGGAUCAAAGAAAAAAUUAAGGGCCAAUUUCUGUUCUUAUUUAUACUAGUGAAAAUUCCACAGAGUAAUUCCACUGAGUGCAAUGGAGUUACUCCAGCUUUUCACCAGUGUAGCUUUUAGCAGAAUUUGGCUCUUAAUCCUGUCUUUGAAUUUGAUCCUAACAUCUUACAGCUAGAUUUAAUAAUGCAAACAAUUUUUCAUUUAAAAACCACAAUUUAACAUUUUCUUUUGCUAACAUCUGAGGGACUCAGACUGUUAGCAUGAAGUUCACCCGAACCCAAGACAUACACACUAUUUAAAUCCUACUUAGACCCUUUUUUGAGGACCUAAGUGGUGUUUAAGAGCCAGCCCUCUGCACAGGGUGGAAUUUCACCCUCAAAGAAUACUUUGAAAAUCAGGUCCACUAGUAAAAAUAUGUGGUGGUCCUGGCUAUUUGAAAUUUUAAUAGUAAUUACUUUGCUAGUCUACAUUAAUAAUUUAGAGCUGUAUUCUUCCAUCAGAUACAAUGAUGUAUUUCUGGACUUUCUCCAGCACAAUGAAGGAGUUGAUCCAAAUUUCCAUCAUUGUAAAGGAAGGCAGGAUUUGGCUUGAAAUUUUUGUUGGCACAUUUAGUUGCUAUACACCCAUUCCAUCUAUUGAUCAAAGAUGCUUUCACCUUUGGAGGCCACUCAUUAUUUGCCAAGAUGUUCACAAUACAGUUCUCUGAAUUAUUACAUUUGUUAAAAGACUUCUCAACUAUAAAUCUCCAGAAUAUAGGCAUACAGGGCUAGAUCCUCCGCUGAUGUAAAUCUACAUAGCUUCACUGAAGUAAAUGGAACUACAACAGUAUUCAUUAGCUGAGAAUCUAUACCAUGAAGUGUACUUUUCUAUCUAAGUCAGUGCCUAUACAAGUAAUCACCUUGUUUAAUACAAAGAAUAGAGCUGAUUCUUGUUUACACUAAGGUCCCUUGAAACUAUUUUGGCAGUAUAAAAAGGCCUAAAAGUAGGUGUAAUGUAAGUAUAACACACAUGGAAAUUAGGCCUGGCAUCUCUAAACAUAAAGGAUCUCUAAGUAUGAUGUUGAAUUUAAUAUACUCAAAAUAUGAUAGGAAUAGAUGAUUAAGAAAUGAAAAUAUUUUGUUUUGCCAGUGUUCAAAUGUCAAAAAAUAGUUUGUGCCUUGUGCAGUCUUAUAAAUAAUGUAUUAUAUAGAAUGUUAAGGUAUCAGUGUGUCCUUGUGCUAUUAUAAUUUCAUGUAUCUCAUUUUGGGAAUGUUAUUAUGAGGGCGAUGAGACAACUACUGUACAUAUAAUGUAUCCGGAAGAGAAUACAUUUUGUUUUAGGAGCUUGGCCACUUUUGUGUUUUGUAAGUUUUUCCUUUUCUCUGUGGUCAUCUCUGGUGAUACAUUGCCAAUAGUUUAACAAUGGACGUCUACUAAUAUUUCCCCUUCACUCUGUGAUAAAUGCCAUGAAUCGGGUAAACAUUCUUCCAGGGAGAAAUAGAGCAGGACUGGCAAAUCCAUCCUUGUUUUUCCCAUUUAAAGAAAAACACUUUCUUGUAAUCAUACAGAAGGCAGGAUACAAAAGUAUUUGGCAAACUAACAUAUGAAUGUACCUGCAGGAGAUGUUUAUACAGUUUCCUCUGUGUUUGGCUCCACUAGUGCAAAGCAACUCUAACGCUAGUUUUGCCUGUGAUGCAAAUAGGAGAGUGGGGUAACCAGGGGUGCUGGAACAAUUUGUAUAGUGGGGGU